CAUGUGUACACUCAAACGGAAUUACAGCGAGAUCCGCGAUAUUGGAAAAUGAAAUACGUUGAGAAUGAGCUCCUCGGAUGAAGGAGGCCAUCUGGAGGUCUUAAGUUGUGAAGCUGACGAAGAAGACAAUGAGGAAGGCCCUUUGUCAACCAACAGCAGGAAAAUAUCAUUCCCAGUGGAUUCCAUCUUUAACGCCAUUAUACAGGACGGCGACGUUGCGGAGUUGCAUCAUAUCCUCUCUCGCCGUCUGUCGGAAAUCAACAUAAAUCAGAAAAACCAUAGUGGUCUUACUGCACUUCACUAUGCCGUUCUCACCAAUAAUUUAGAUACAGUCAAAAUGUUGAUAGCUUUUGGUGCUGACGUCAACGCUCAGGACGUAUACGGGUUUAGCGCGUUACACACGGCAGCGGCGCUGGGAAAUAUUGACGUAACGUCCUUGUUGAUUGUGUUCGGGGCAAACGUAUUCUCGCUGACAAAACAAUCCGAGUUGCCGAUUGAUUUAGCAAAGGAUAUACAUGUGAUAAGAAUCCUGAUGACAGAGAUGUGUCAAAGAGUGCAUGUGGAUUAUAUAGUACUCAUGUUUGCCCUGUAA